AUAUAAGAGCUAUGAUCAUUAAUAAGAAAAUCACUACUUUUGGCGAUGGUAUAACAAAUGAUUUAGAUGAUACUUAUGGCUUUCGAGAACCAGGUGAUAUAUUAGGCGAUUAUAAAGAUAAAAUUAUUCCCUUUUUAUCUAUUGCUGCAGUGAACGGUAUACUUUACUUAGCAUCUCGAUCCAAUAAGCCUGUACCUGACAAUUACAAACAAAUGUUAAAUACAGCCACAGCUGGAUUAUUCUCUGCCUCCCAUACAAGUUUUUCAGGCAUAUUUUCUUUUCAAGAUGUUAACAACUACCCGGGAUUCAGCGUAUCAAGUGAAACUUUACUACUUAUAAACCAAGGUCAACUUAAAAACAUGUUCGGUAAAGAUUUUGAAGCUACAGCUAAAUAUAGAGCUUUUGCUGAUAUUUUGCUUAAGA